AUUUCAUUUUCCGGUUUCAACAUGGCAGCCCCCGUUGCUAACGGUGUGUCUGUGGAGGAAAAUGUUAUCGAAAUUCACCAGACACCGGCUGAACAAACAGACGAAGACCAGAAGAGACCACAGUUUGGAACUCGUUUUCUAACAGACCCUCGUCAGGUCUUCCAGCAUAAUGCAUGGGAUAACGUCGAGUGGUCAGAUGAGCAAGAGGCAGCUGCACGGAGGAAAGUCCAGGAGAAUAGCCAGCCUAUCCCGGCUGAAAAACAAGAGGAGUAUGACAACCAUGCAGACAAGUACUGGAAUGAAUUCUACACUAUCCACGAGAAUCGAUUCUUUAAAGACCGCCACUGGCUCUUCACGGAAUUUCCUGAGCUGGCCCCAAAGUGUAGGUCCCACCAGUCAAUUCAGGAAGGGGACGGACACCCUGACCAGGAGGAAGGCGAGGAAGACGUCUCCCACCAGAAUGGAGACUGUCCUGGGACAUCUGGCACAUAUCGCAUUCUGGAAGUGGGCUGUGGUGUGGGAAACACAGUCUUUCCCAUCCUAAAGACCAACAAUGACCCGGGACUGUUUGUUUACUGCUGUGAUUUCUCCAGCACAGCGGUGGAGCUGGUCAAGUCAAACCCAGAGUAUGAUUCUGCUCGCUGCCACGCUUUCGUUCAUGACCUGAGUGAUGAGUCAGCCCAGUUCCCGAUGCAAGAGGGGAGUUUAGACGUCAUCAUACUCAUCUUUGUCUUGUCUGCUCUACAUCCCGAUAAGAUGCAGGCAUCCAUAUGUGGGCUUGCUCGGUUGUUGAAGCCGGGUGGGAUGCUGUUGCUAAGAGACUAUGGCCGAUAUGACCUGGCCCAGCUACGCUUCAAGAAAGGGAGGUGUUUGUCUGAAAACUUCUAUGUGCGAGGAGAUGGCACACGAGUGUAUUUCUUUACUCAAGAUGAGCUCCACAACUUAUUCUGUGGUGCCGGACUGCAGAAGGUGCAGAACUUGGUAGACCGGCGACUGCAGGUGAACCGUGGCAAGCAGCUGACCAUGUACAGAGUCUGGGUCCAGUGCAAGUACCAGAAGCCCCAAUCAGACCAUGAGGACUCAAAGCCAAGGACCUUUCAGGAGUAUCAGUGUGAAAGCUAGGGACAGUUUCAGCCUGGACCUGUACUCUUCCUUGAAUGUGAGCGGUUUGCAUGCCAAGACCAUCUGAUGUUUAGCUAUAGACAUGUGGAAAGUCCAGCAUUCAACCUGAAGAGGAUCUUUUGUAGCUUUUGGCCAAAGGGUGAGGGUUGUUGUAACAGACUGAUUAUUAACUGUUUUUCCAUCACCAGCUUGAUUUGAGGUGUAUUAUGUGAUUAAGGGGAACACUCACAUAACCAGCCACAAGGCAAUCUAUUGUAGGAAGACGCAAAGCCAAUGACAGGUCACAACCAUCUGUUUCAGAUUUCUUUCAGAUCUUUUAAGAAAUGUGCACAAAAUGCUGAGAAUAUCAAAGCAUUUUGAGUCUGUUUUAAUGUUAACUAAAAAUAUUUUAGAGACGGAUAGUUAUUGCCAAUAUAUGACAAGACGCCCAGCCUUUCCAGUGCUCUUGAAGCACACUUGAUCAAUCUGCACCUUCUUCCCCUGAUCAGUACAUAUGUUAUUGUUUGAGGAGAAAGGGGAAAUUGGAUGUAUGCUGAGACAGGCCACCUCAUUUAGCAGCAUAAAGAGAUGUGGACUCUUGAGUCCUACCGUUCAGCUGUUUACAUUUGACAGGUUACUGUCACUUUUAAUCAUAUUUGGUUUUGAAAAAAAUCCUUUGUAUCUUUGCAAUUAAAAACGAACCAUUGUGACUUA